UUCAAGCCAUCUUGACUGAAUAUUUAGCCUCAUCCAAGGUCCAUUAAUUCGAUAUCUUCGGGAUUUCGCUGCCCACAAGUUGACCACCGGCAUCAUUUGAAAGGUGCAAAGCACAGCCAUGACACCGGCUCGACUCCGGGUGUGUGGCCGGAGUCACGGCGGAGGAGUGGGGCGCUGAAGAUGACGCUGUCGCUCUCGAAAUGACCGGCUAGCUAAGCUAAGGGCUAGCAUGUCCGCCUCGGCUGUCGCGUCUCUCUCGCUGACAUUAAGCUAAGUGCAGUAGUUCACUUUGCCACUCGCAGCGCCGGGGACCGCGUCACAAGGGAGCUGGUGUAAACUCCCAUGCGGAAGGUGAGCAGGUGGGAAUGUGAGACAGUUGUUUGCGGACUCAACAUGGGUAGGGGUCGAGGUAGAGGGAGAGGAAGGGGCAGGGGGUCGUCUGGCCAGCUACGGCCCCCAUCGCCCUACAGACUGCAGCUCUCUCCAUCCAGGGAGACUUUGACAUACGCUCAGGCUCAGAAAAUAGUGGAGGUGGAUCUAGAAGGGAGGCUCCAUCGGAUUCACAUCACAGAUCCUCUGCCAGUUAUAACCGAGGAUGAGAUGACGGCCCAGGACAUUACUGAGUGCAACAGUAAUAAGGAGAACAGUGAGCAAAUGCAGAGUAAAACCAGGUCAUGGAAGAAACCCUCAAACAGUAAGAGCAAGAAGAGCGGUAAAAAUACAACUCACCAGAACCAGCGGUCUGGCUCCCAGCAGCACACAGGAGCAACUAAUUCCCUCCAGCACCCAUCCAACCAAAGCCCCCUACCUGAGCCCACCUUCCGUGUGCUGAGUUCAGUUCACCCCUCGGAGGCACCUCCUCUUCCCGCAGGGUAUUACCGUUUCAUAGAGAAGUCAAUAGAGGAACAGGACAGUGUGGCUGAGUAUGACAUGGAUGAGGAAGACCUGGCCUGGCUGGAGAUGGUGAACCAAAAGAGGGUGUGUGACGGUAACGCCUCAGUACCUCCAGACACGUUUGAGUUGCUGAUCGACCGUCUGGAGAGGGAGUCAAUCCUGGAGUCCCGCAGCCAAGCUCUGUCCCAGAGUGCGGUCGAUGAGGAUGCAUUCUGCUGUGUCUGCCUGGAUGAUGAGUGUCUCAACAGUAACGUCAUCCUGUUCUGUGACAUCUGCAACUUGGCUGUCCACCAGGAGUGUUAUGGUGUGCCCUACGUACCUGAGGGCCAGUGGCUGUGCCGCUGCUGCCUGCAGUCCCCUUCCCGUCCUGUAGACUGUGUGCUCUGUCCCAACCGAGGAGGUGCCUUCAAACAGACGAGUGAUGGGCGUUGGGCCCACGUUGUCUGUGCCAUAUGGAUCCCAGAGGUGUGCUUUGCCAACACAGUGUUUUUGGAGCCUGUUGAGGGCGUCAAAAACAUCCCUACUGCUCGCUGGAAGCUCACCUGCUACCUUUGCAAGCAGAAAGGCAGAGGAGCGUCUAUUCAGUGCCACAAAGCCAACUGUUACAGGGCCUUCCACGUCACCUGCGCUCAGAAGGCCGGCCUCUUUAUGAAGAUUGACCCAGUCCGUGAGACGGGCAUCAAUGGUACCACCUUCUCUGUGAAGAAGACUGCUUUCUGUGAGCAUCACUCGCCCGUUGGGUUUCGGCGGGAUGGGUCAGGAGACGAGUCGGUUGAAGGAAGACUGGUGGGGGGCAGAGGGAACCGGGGUCAAAGGUCAUAUACUGAGAGCCCACCUUCACCGACGAACAAGAAGGCUACCAAAGGCCAGAAGAAGAAGAAUACAAAAAGGUCCGCUGGGUCGACACGUCGCUCAAAUGUGCCUGUGCUGCUCGUGCCUCAGAUCCCUUCUCACAGACUGAACAAGAUCUGCACAGGUGUUGAAGUCCAGAGAAAGAAUCAGUUCAUGCAGAGGCUUCAUAGCUACUGGUUACUAAAACGACAGUCGCGGAAUGGAAUGCCUUUAAUACGCCGACUUCACUCCCAUCUGCAGACCCAGAAGGCAACAGAACAGAGGGAGCCUGAUGAAAAGCUGUGUGCUGCAAGAGAGGAGCUUCGAUACUGGCAAAAGUUGAGGCAGGACCUGGAAAGAGCCAGACUUCUGGUGGAGCUGAUCCGCAAGAGAGAGAGGCUAAAGAGAGAACAGAUGAAAAUUCAGCAGGCUGCUCUUGAGCUGAAGUUGACCCCAGCACUGAUGCUUCUCCGAUCCACCUUGGACCAACUGCAAGAGAAGGACACGGCCAAAGUCUUCUGUCAGCCAGUCAAUCUUUCAGAGGUCCCAGAUUACAUGGAGUUUGUUUCCCAACCCAUGGACUUCUCCACCAUGCGCACCAAACUGGAAGGACACGGCUACUGCUCCAUCACGGACCUGGAGAGGGACUUUGAACUGAUGAUUUCCAACUGCCUCAAGUACAACUCCAAGGACACCAUGUUUCACGAGAUGGCUUUACAGCUGCGGGAGGUGGGCGGAGCAGUCCUCCGCCACGCCCACAGGCAGUCUCAGAGCAUUGGUCUCGACCCCAACACUGGCAUGCAUCUCCCAGAGGUGCCGAACAAACAUGGCUUCUAUCACUGUACGUGGGAUGAUGUGGACCCUCUCCUGGACCCAGACAACCGACUGCACUUAACCACAGACGAGCAGCUAAAGGCCCUGCUGGACAAACUCGACAUGGUUUCAUCCAUGCGUACCAGCGGUGGCCGAACCAAACGAAUCCGGCUGCUACGCCGAGAGAUUAACACUCUCAGACAGAAAAUGAACCAGCAGCAUAAUACUAAGUGCUUGAAUGGUAAUGACAAGGAUGAUGAAGGACCAGAUGAUGAGGGGGAGGAAGAGGAGGAGGAGGAGGAGGAGGAGAAGGAGAAGGAGAAGAAAUCAGAGAAGGAGAAGAAAUCAGAGAAGACGGAUUUAGCUGAUAAUGGACAUUUGACUGCAGUGUCAAACUCUGGGACUGAUGACUCUCCACCUGUGCUAGAACUGACUUGCCCGGUGUCAUCACCACUGCCGGGAGAUGCUCCUCUCGAGCCUCCUGUUCUGGGUAUUGUGACUGGAGGGCGAAGGUCACCAGGGCGCUCAUUCAAGCGUCAGAGGUCAUCCCGCAGUGGGAGCAAAAGCCAAGGUGAAGACGAGGCUGAGGUUGGUGAAACGCCAUCUUCACAACAAGAAGCCGUUCACGAGGUGACGCCGCUGGGAUCCCCCCCGACUCUGCCUUUGGCCGGAGUUGGUCGUCGUACAUCUGUUUUGUUCAAGAAAGCUAAAAAUGGGUCACGGAUGGCUAAAAACAAGUCCCCGCUGCAGCAGAGUGGGAAAUCAGCUGACAGUAAGACUAAUGGGCUGGAGAGCACCUCUGCUCGUCCAAAAUCACCCAGUGUGACCAACAUCACCGCUUUACCUCCCACCCCAAACCCCUCCCCUGCACCUCCCUCUCCCUCUGCGCACCACCUGAGGUCCAGAGGCUUCAGCCCAGAGACCGAAGCAGAAAAACUCCCUCCACCACCCAAAGAAGCAGGUCUCUCAAAUGGAAAACACACCUCUGCAGACCAUGAUGAUGACGACCACAAAUUAAACUGUAGUGUCUCCCCACCCAAACGUAGUCGGGGUAAACCUGCACUGGCCAAAGUCCCGAGCAGUGAGAAUGGAGACAUCUGUGGGUCUGGAAAUACUACACUUCUGUCUUUAGAUAGUGAGACAGAGCUCGCACCACUGGACCUAGUUUGGGCCAAAUGCAGAGGAUAUCCGUCAUAUCCAGCGAUGAUUGUCGACCCUGAGAUGCCGCAGGAAGGGCUUCUUCACAACGGCAUCCCCAUUCCAGUGCCUCCUGUGGAGGUGCUUAAACUGGGUGAGUGGAGACAAAAGGACGAAGGCGAGAAGCUUUUCUUGGUGCUCUUCUUCGACACCAAACGAACGUGGCAAUGGCUCCCUCGUGACAAACUAUUGUCGCUGGGGAUGGAUGACACUGUCGACAAGUUGCGCUUAAUGGAAGGCAAGAAACCCAGUGUCCGCAAGUCUGUACACACUGCGUAUGACCGGGCCAUUGUACAUUUAAACCACGUGAGAGGAAAUCUUAACUUCACUCCCUCCAAUUUUAUAUGAAUUUUAUCUGAAACAUUUUUAUCAUCUGAAACAGGCUGCCUGGUUAAACAUUUAGAAGCUUCAUCAGUGCUCUUAAAGGGAGAGAAAGUAAAUUAUCAACAGUUUCAACCACGUUUUUGGUAUUUGAGGGUUUUCUGUAUAAAACUGAUGCUCUGGUUUUUAAAAUGGAGAGGAAUAAGUGCUUGAACACAUUUUGUAGAUGAAAUUGUUUGUUUAUUCACAUCCGUUUGUUUCUUUUGUAAAGGUUUUACACAACCACUGUUGCUAUGUGUUCAUAUAAAGUUUUUAUUUUAGGCCAAAGUGAAUCAAGAGAAGUGUAAAUAUUUACUCAUCAAAGGGAUUGUCUCGAUUCAAUAUGUAUUUAGAGUGUACUUGCCAUAGAAAUGUCACUUUGUUUAUUGAAGAGUGAAAGUCCCACUUUAUGUUCACGUCAUAUCUGGACUCUACAGAUGAAAUGUUAAAUUGAGUUGUCUAAGUGGUACUGGGAAAAAAAAAAAAAACUGUUUUAAUAUAACUAGUAUUUUCUAAAAUGAUGCAAAAGGCCAGAAACUUAUCAAACUAUUGUUUAGUUUACACACGCAAAACAAUUAUACUGUAUAAUAGCAACUUGUAAGGACGGCAGGUUGCCAUAAAAAUUAUAAUUUCACUGCAAUGGUUAGAGGUGAUUAGAGGUGAAAUCAUUUAAUUGUUUACCCCCUUAACUUAAAAAACUGAAAUCAAUACUUUGAAUUAUCGCUAUAUUGAAUCUUGCUAUAGUUAGUUUUUUACUUAAGCUUGUUUUUUAUUUAUUUGUAUUUCUGUCACAGUUCGUAUAAACAAAGAAAACACUCUUACGGGACUUUGUGUGAACUCUUAAUCUCUCUGAGUAUCAAACUAAAACAUGAAGUACAGCAAAUAGAAGGACCAACAGAUAAAAGAAAUGAAAAGGUGCAAAAGAGAAAAAAGGAAAUGUUUCAAUUUAAGCAAGUAUUUUUAAAGUAUGCUAAGAUUGAAGAAUUGGUAUUGACCCUGAAUUAAAGUCUGAAGUGAAGCUUAGCUGUUUCAACUCUUACUGUAAGUUUUUGUUGUGUGCACAUUUUUCUCGUAGACGUACAGAUACAUUUGGGGGAAAUAUCUCCCAGUGUAAACGUUCUUGAACUUGCAGUCCAGCUAUGACGUGUUGUGGGUGGGACUUGAGAGGUUUUUGCUUAUUUUUCCAUAUUGUGAAACUGUAUAUUGAUACUAGAUUGUUGGAAAACCCAGUGCAGCUACUUGGUUAUUUAGGAUGUGACGCCACUAUGGAGGUGAGGCUGAUUAUUCUUGGUUAUCCUAACAAAGUCUAUUGCAAUCACCCAAUGAAGAACUUGCAAUUGCUUUUAUUUUUGCAAAUCUGGCUGAAAUGACUUGAAAAGCACAAUCAGACUGUUUAAAAAAAAGAAAUUGGUGAAAUCCUGGAGCCAUAUGUUGUGGCAUAAACCUUGUGCGUGUUUGUACACUAUAUACAUAUAUGUAUACAGUCUCAGUGUGGUAAAGGUGCAUGUGUAUAGUUCUGUAAAUAUGUAAAUGUCUGUUUAUAUCGGCUUACAUGAAGUAAUUUAAGGAAUGCAGAAAAAAAUUUAGAUUUUAAUUUAUAAAUUUGUGGCAGUCGAGAGUGUUAUUUAAAAAGUAAUAUUGAAAAAAAGAUUUAUGUAUGAUGCUACGUAGCUCUUUGUUAUAGGGACGGCCAUCACCAACAUUCUCUGAAAGUGACAGCCGAGCUCUGUGGGCUGCAGUCACGCAGCAUUCAGCCGACUAAUGGUGUCUUUUUGUUUUCCUUCGGUGGCAAAGGAGAUUUUCGAUCUUGUCAUUUGAAUUGUUCUGCAAGAUCUAUAAAUCUGCCUGAGACAAUAUUUUCUCACACAAGAAUAAACGCUGUUUGAAACAAC